AUGAUCCGCCACGAUUACUCCAGAGUCGAUCCCAAGCGACGCGCGAAUCUCGACCACAAGCGCAGACAAUUUGCAAAGGCCGAAUUCCAGCAGCAAACAUACGAACACCGACUGAACUUCUACGUGCUUCCACCGACGGCUGAAAUCACACUCGAAGAAUUUGAGACAUGGGCUAUCAACAGGUUGAAGGUUCUCUCCGAGCUCGAAGCAUGCACUUUCCGCAACAAGGGCCCUGAAGAGACGGCAGAGUACAUGAAGGGCAUCCUAGACAAGCACCUCCCUCUGAGCCUGAAUCUGGAGUGGGACGAGGUCAAAGAAGAUGAAAAGAGGGAGUUGCGAGAGGGGCUGCUUGCGGCGAGCGGGAACAAGAAGGGAGAGGAGCAGGAGUGGUUCAAGGUUGACUGGGAGAGAGUGCCUGAGCUCGUCGAGCAAAGAAGAGUGCUGUUGAAGCGAGGCAAAGCCUAUGUCCCACAGCGAGAACAGAUGAGCCUGGUGGUCGCUGAGUUCACCAAGAAGCUAGACGAUGCGCUUGAACUGACAGCCCGCGCUCUCCCUCGACUUGACGAAGACGACCGCCUCGCGCCCAUUCUCGCCCACCUCUCGCAAUCAUUCACGGCGCCGGAUGCCGCAUACUCAUCAUCCGAUGCCAACAUCGACGGCCUCUCUGCGAUUCGCGCAUCCAGCAUCGAUACACUGUCGCAAAACUUCCCACUCUGCAUGCGCAACCUACAUACAACGCUUCGCGAGAACUCACAUCUGAAGCACUUUGGUCGUUUGCAAUACACCCUCUUCCUCAAAGGCAUUGGUCUGAGCCUCGAGGAGUGUCUGGUUUUCUGGCGUCGAUCCUUCAAGCUGAUCGACGACGACAAGUUCCAGAAGGAAUACAAGUACAACAUCCGCCAUUCGUAUGGCGAUGUAGGCGGAGACGCAAAUCGACGCGGGCGUGGAUACACGCCAUAUUCGUGUCAGAAGCUUUUGACCGAGCCACAACCUGGCCCUGGCCAAACACACGGUUGUCCAUAUCGGACAUACAAGCCGGACAAUCUGAUCCCUCUGCUCCAGCGCAUUGGCGUCAACGACCGCGAUGUGUUAAAAACUGUCAAGGAGGACGUGACCAAGCAGCGUUAUCAUGUUGCUUGUAAUAGGGUGUUUGAGUGGAGUCACAAGCGCGAGAUUAAGAAGGUCAAGGACGACGGCAGCUGGAGCGCGACGGAUCUGGAUACCAUUGUUCAUCCGAAUACUUACUUCAAGCGAAGUUGGCUGUUGAAACAUCUUGGUGAGGGGAAUGCGGGGAUUGUCAAUGGUGGCGACGGUGUGGAGAAGAUGGAAGAAUAGAAGUCUUAUAUGGGGAUGAGGCAUUGGGCUGGGGUCUGGGACGGGCAUAUUGGCGUUCAGCAUCUGGGAUUGUACGCGCGAUGUGUCAUGCUGUCUAACAAGUUACAAAUUAGGGUCGGAAUAUUUCACUAAUCCAGCCAGGAAAGUCCAACUACAUGUUCAACUAUGACUUGAAGCAAACAGGAUGCGACCGUAAGCAGUCUAUCUAACAGGGGUAUUACUAUCAUAAUCAAAGUCUAGAGUAUA